AUGUUCAUCGCCAGUGAGAUUCCGCGGAACGGAUUUGUCGCGAGACAGGUAGGUUAAGAUUUUUUUAAUAAAAAAAAUUUGAGCUCACUGAGAGUGAUUUUUUUCGAGAAAUUCAUGCACUUUUUUUAAAAACGUAUAAAUCUGAACUCGUUAACUUACAUUUUUCCCAAUUCGUUACGAAUUGAUAAAUUGUGUAUUUAAUAGGUUCAAAAAUAAAAAAGAGAGAAUUGUAAAAAAAAAAAGUUGAUCCACUCACCUUGGAAUUCAAACAAUAAACUGAUCCGGACAUACGAGUUUCAAUUAUUCAUCUGCUGUGAAACUGAUAAAUUAAACAGAAGAAAUCGACCUUCCAGGCAACUCGAUUUUCAUGCAAAUCAGAAGCAGUGGGGAUCUUCCUCGUUCUCAUUGUUGGCCUAUUUGGAGAAUUUGCACUUUCUAAGCUUCCACUAGAGAUUGUAGCUGCUUUGAAUUUUAAACUUCAAUUGCAUUUUUUUAGAAGUUUUCAUUAAGGUGUUGUUAGUUUUGAGGUCAAAAUUUGAAAGACGAAUGUCUGAAAGAAUUUUUCCAAAUCAUUUUUCGAAAUUGCAAACUCUAUUCUUGCAAGAAUUUUAAACUUACUUUUUCGCAAAUAUAGCCGUUAGUGACCAAGGACCUGAAUAUUCAGAAGCCCCCAGACGACGUCUUCAGACGUUCUGUCGGCGCCAAUCAGACCGUAGAAUUUUGUUACACUCACUCAUCACCAGAGAAAGGUUCGGUUCGGUUUUUUGGCAAGGGCACGGCUGAUCUCCCCUAUCUCCUAGCUUCAUCAGGCCUCCAAGCAACGGUAUCUGCCUGCUUAGGCUUUGCCCCGCCUCUUCGCCCACACCUCGACAAUAUCGACGUCAUCCGAGGUACUUAA